AUGAAGUCCUACCCCAAGAAGCGGUGGGAGCCCGAACUCCGCGAUAAGCGCUCGAAGAUCACCCGAACCGGCGGCUUCACGAACGCCCAAGGGUUGAACAUCAGAUGGUACUCGUGGGAGGUGAAGAAACCCAAGUGCGCGAUCGUCUUCGCGCACGGCCUGGGGGUGUACGGCUCGUUCGAGAUGCUGGCGAGCGUCCCGCCGGGAACACCUCGGGUGCAUUACUCCACGAGCUGGCCCGAGCGCAUGAACGCGAGAGACGCGAGCCUGUUUUGCAUCGAUCACCAAGGACACGGACGAAGCGACUCGGCGGUUAAGGGAAAGCGGUGCUACUUUCAUCGAUUGGAUGAUCUAGUGAAUGACUUCAGGCAGUUUUGUGAGCUAUUGCGAGAUGAUUUGGGGGGAGACGUGCCCGUUUUCGUGGUCGGGAGCUCUCUCGGGGGAUUCGUGGCGACGAAAACAAUGAUGGAGUCCCCGAAGGCGGCGAAUGGUUUGGUGACACUGGCGCCGAUGUUGAGCCUGGACGCGCUGUCGAAUCGACCGAUCAAUCGAGUGUUGAUUCCCAUCGGUGACGUGUUGUCCGCGUUGGUUCCCACCGUUCCGAUCGUAAAGACGCACAGGAACGUGAAGUUCCCGCUGACGCAGAAGGAGGUGGAGGACGACGCGUUGACGUGGCCGAGCGGAGUGAGAAACACGCGCGUGCGCGUCGCUUCCGAGGCUUACAAGAACACGCUGAAGCUCAAGAAACCAGGCACUUUGGAGAGAAUUACCUGCCCGGUUUUAGCGUUCCACGGUAGAGAUGAUCCGAUGACGGACCCGCGCUCGAGCUCAAUGCUCUACGAACGCGUGAGUAGCGCCGACAAGCGCCUGCAGUGGGUCGACGGCGUCUUCCACGACCUGUGCCACGAAAAGCCGUCGAGUGACGAAAUCUGUGACGAGAUCAUCGAGUGGUGUCUCGCCCGCAUCUCCGGGCCGAUCCUACCCAAGGCGGCCAAGCGUGCGCGCGAAUCCGACCGCGGUGCGGAGAGCGUCAAGCGUCGAGCCAAGCAACCGACAGCCGCGACGUCGAAGACGAAACCCACCCCUCGACGCGCGCGAUCGCGCUCGUCCGCUCGUUGA